AUGUCUGUACAACUAAUUGUUUCUCCGACUCAAGCACACGCGAAUGGAAAGAAAGAGGUUCGGAAUGUCCAAAUAGAGAGCAACGGAGGCCAAAAUAUACUCAUCAUAAGAGAAGCGCUUAAUCGAGUGGUCGGUGUCAUAAACAAUAUAUCCACAGAAAAUCAAAGCACUAAUUCCACCAUAAACUGCAGAUUGAUGUUGAGCCAAAUGGGAAGAACACCCGCAUAA